CACCCGCAGCUGCACUGUCGGGGGUUUCCGCUUUUUGAUUUAAUCCCAGAUGUCAUUGCGUUCUAAAUUAAGGUCCGCCUACUGCGCUUUUUCAACGGUGUCUCAAUAGCUGGAAGGAUCGAAAAAGUUCCAGGUUUGCAACAAGCAGCUGUUCAUCUGCUUCUAACCACUACUGUUGGGACCAAAGCAACCUUUAUGAAAGUGAGCACAGUAUUUUCAGGCCUCUGCUAGUAAGAGGCUUCCUGGAUACAUUGGUGGCACAUUAUCGGUGAGCCUAACAGGAAGACGAGUGAAUAUUUUCCACCGUGAGGAAGCUGUUGUCUUAUCAGACGCUGCAGAUACAACAUGACUGAAUUUUGGGUUUGUUUCAGCUGCUGCAUUGCAGAACAGCCACAGCCAAAAAGGAGGCGCAGGAUAGACCGAAGUAUGAUAGGCGAGCCGAUGAACUUUGUUCACACCACGCAUGUGGGAUCAGGAGAAAUGGGUAAUGGACCUGGAUCAGCAGGGUUGAUUCAAGAACAGAUGAAAUCUAAAGGUGGCUAUGGAAAUGAAAUGUCUAAUGUCCAAGAAUGACUCCUAGUUAAGUGUAAAAUGUGGGCAUUUAAAAAUGACACUGGGCAUGUUAACGUUGUUCAAACCGGUAAUUGAUAGCCUUGCUUACAGCGUCACUGGAAGUUGAGGACGUUCCUGGACAGAGCCUAUCAACACCAGCACUUGACAGUAAAAUGAAGAGGCACCUGUCUGUCUUUUUCUUAAUGCUUUUUACAAAAGCUCAUGAAUGAAAUAGCCAGAUAUCUUAGAAAUCUGUACCUAAUUAAGCUGUAUAUAGUCAAUAUUAGUGACUGCACUCUGAUGUUGGUUUCUAUAUGCAUGUCUUGAGCUGAAAUUACCAGUGUGAGUCUGUUUAUUCUAAAUUAAAACAUGUGUCACAUAAAAAAAACAAGAAUGCCUGUGACGUAUGGAGUGGUUGCGUGAAGUAUGCAGUUUUAUAAUAUGUUCACUUCUGUACAGUCAAUGUCUUCUAUAUUGAAUUUGAGCUUGGUUGUCUGUUUAUUUGCCCGGUGUGAUUUAAGUCAUCCAUUUUAUCAAGAUGUGGCUGGGCCAUCACAAGAUGCACCUAGGCAAAUCCUUACAUAAAGCCUUAUUCAUUUUUAUAGUUUUUAGAAAUAUGAAUGUUUUAAUGUCUGUUUUCAAUGCAUGGUUUAAUUUACUGGUGGUUCUACUGACUUAUUCUUUUGUAAAGCACCAUAACUUUGCUGCAUUUGGGAAUUUCAGGUUUGUUAAAACAUGUUCCAGCAUCAUACACUUGAAGGUUUAUUCAAACAGGCACUGUAAAGUCAUGUAUAUUGCACAAAUCUUUGAACCACUAUUGAUUGCAUUUUUCUAUUUAUUUUCAAACAUAUGAUAUUGGGUUAUUGUUGUCAUUGGUGGUCAAUAUCUGGUGAUGAGUUACCUGUAAUGGGUUGUUGUAUGUUUUUGAUCUCAAAGCUGUAGCCUAUGAUGGGCAUUGCUCUGCCACCAGACAUGUAGCUUUGAUGGAACGAGUGGGUUAAAAAACAUAUCUAAUUGGCAGUGACAAGAAAGGAAAAGUGGAUUAAAAUAAACCUGUGUUUAUAUUACAGCCCGGUGAGCUUCACAUAUUUUAACACAUGUGUAUCUCAAUCAGACUCGUAUGUUUACAGCAACCCAGAAAUCCUUGUCCGUAAACUUUGUUGUUUUUAAUUAAAAAAUGAAGCACUAUAAUUUGAUUGCACUGUCGGAGCGCAGAUGGUGGCACUCCAUGGCAAGUUAAUCGUCUGUCACACAACACACGUGGUGUUCACGUUUCUCUUUCCAAAUUGUCAUAAAAGUUGAAGUUGGUGAAUGAUGCUGGUCUUAAAAUGUAUGCUAGUAUGCCUCACCUAGAGUUAUUCAAACUCUGUUUAAAUAACAUCUGUAUGUGUAAUACAUUACAGAGUUCAUUCACUUUGUGAUUGUGUAAAUUGAAUAAAUCCUCCACCUGAUAUUGAAAAGGACAGUCCAGGAGAGAAAUGUUCAUAUCCUGUAUUUUAUCAAUGAGGCAUGAUACCAUUUGUUUGUUUGAAUUUCUUCAUGCAAUUUCAAAUAUGCUGUAUAUUGUCCUGUAUCAAUUUGAGAAUUCUGGAUGUACUGCAAAUCCACUAUUGCUUGAUUAAUGAGAUGCCUUUUUUAAAACUUGAAAUUAAAUUUUAAAAAAAAUAAAUAAUUGACUCUUGAA